GCUAGCUGCCCUUAGCAGCUGUUUCUCUCUCUCUCUCAGCAUCUCUUGUGUGUACAAAAGAAAACCUCAGAAAGUUCCCCGGCCGUCUCCGUAGAUUGGCUUGGCUUGUUUCGUUUUGAUCUUUCUUCUUUGCUUCGAUCUCUUCUCUAAUAUAAGCUUUUUAAAAAAUGGCUGAUGCUGAGGAUAUUCAACCCCUUGUCUGUGACAAUGGAACUGGAAUGGUGAAGGCUGGGUUUGCUGGUGAUGAUGCACCCAGGGCAGUGUUUCCCAGUAUUGUUGGAAGACCCCGCCACACUGGUGUUAUGGUUGGAAUGGGUCAAAAGGAUGCCUAUGUAGGUGAUGAAGCACAAUCGAAAAGAGGUAUUCUGACCUUGAAAUACCCAAUUGAGCAUGGUAUUGUCAGCAACUGGGAUGAUAUGGAAAAGAUCUGGCAUCAUACUUUCUACAAUGAGCUUCGUGUUGCCCCUGAGGAACAUCCAGUGCUUCUCACUGAGGCUCCUCUCAACCCUAAGGCCAACAGAGAGAAGAUGACCCAAAUCAUGUUUGAGACCUUUAACGUGCCUGCAAUGUAUGUUGCCAUCCAGGCUGUUCUUUCCUUGUAUGCCAGUGGUCGUACAACUGGUAUUGUACUGGAUUCUGGUGAUGGUGUGAGCCACACUGUUCCCAUCUAUGAAGGUUAUGCUCUUCCACAUGCUAUCCUGCGUCUGGACCUUGCUGGUCGUGAUCUCACCGAUGCUUUGAUGAAGAUUCUCACUGAGAGAGGGUACAUGUUCACCACCACAGCUGAACGGGAAAUUGUCCGCGACAUGAAGGAGAAACUUGCAUAUGUUGCCCUUGACUAUGAGCAGGAACUUGAAACUGCCAAAAGUAGCUCGUCAGUUGAGAAGAACUAUGAACUUCCUGAUGGCCAGGUCAUCACCAUUGGAGCUGAAAGAUUCCGUUGUCCAGAAGUCCUGUUCCAGCCAUCUCUCAUUGGAAUGGAAGCUGCAGGAAUUCACGAGACUACUUACAACUCUAUCAUGAAGUGUGAUGUGGAUAUCAGGAAGGACCUCUAUGGUAACAUUGUGCUCAGUGGUGGUUCCACUAUGUUCCCUGGCAUUGCAGACCGAAUGAGCAAGGAGAUCACUGCUCUUGCUCCAAGCAGUAUGAAGAUUAAGGUGGUGGCACCACCAGAGAGGAAGUAUAGUGUCUGGAUUGGAGGAUCUAUCCUUGCAUCCCUCAGCACCUUCCAGCAGAUGUGGAUUUCCAAGGGCGAGUACGACGAGUCUGGUCCAUCCAUUGUCCACAGGAAGUGUUUCUAAGUUGUACAAGUGCUUUGAUGGCAGAGUUCUUUUUCGCAUUUAGUUGGCCUUUUUUCGUGUCAAGGUGUCGUGAACUCAAAAGUAUGGUUGAUGUGGGAAAUGUUGAGAUGGGGUCAUUAAAGGAUGAUAUAAUCUGAGAGCUUGAUGUACCAAAUAGCUUUACAUCUAUUGAGAUUCAUGUUAUUGCAGCAAAUGAGAGGGCUUUAACUGUAAUGGUCCCUCUGGAUGUGUUGGGCGGACGCUUUGGUACUCAAGACAUUACUUUCCUCAAAAUCUUGUGAUUCAACCAUGUCGUUUAGUAGGAUGCUUCUAGCUGGAGAGUGAUUGCGAUUCUGCUUUUCCUUCUCUUUUGUUUUUUUUUUUUUUUUUUUUUUUCCUUUCAAAAUUUUUUCCUUGUUCCAAUAUUUGAAGGUUUUUUCCCCUGGGGACAUUAAUGUUAAUAGUUAUUGUAUGAGAAAUUUUAUCUAGCGUCAGUUUGCCGGUCAUAAACCAUGUGGAAAUUAUAUUUAAUACUUCGUUUGAAUUUGAUUUCUGCUCUGCGCA